AACAGGGUAGGGGGCGUGGUCCCUCCAUGUGUUACAGAACAAGUGAAGAGACUGAAGACUACAAGAAGUAUGAGCUGAUUUUCAGGCCUAGCUAGCAGUAUCAGCCUGUAUACAAUGAGUGGAGGUUUGGCACCAAGCAAGAGUACAGUGUAUGUGAGCAACCUGCCAUAUGAGCUGACCAACAGUGACAUAGUUCAGGAAUUUUGUCUCACACAGAUAUUUGAGAAGUAUGGAAAGGUUGCUAGAGUGACUAUCAUGAAGGACAAGGUGACAAGAGAGAGCAAGGGUGUGGCGUUUGUCCUGUUCGUUGACAAGAACUCGGCCCAAAGAGCUAUCCUCUCACUCAACCAUAAAGAACUGUUUGGACGAACUUUAAAAUGCAAGAUUGCCGAUGACAAUGGUCGGACUACUGAAUUUAUUAAGAGACGCGUGUACAAGGACAAGACGAGGUGCUACGAGUGUGGGGAGUUUGGUCAUCUCAGUUACCUGUGCCCUAAGAAUACCCUCGGUGACAGGGAACAACCGGAGAAAAAGAAGAAAACAAAGAAAGAUACAAAGCAGCCAGGUCAAAGUGCAGCGGCAGAUGUAUUUUCAGAGGAAGAGGAGGAGGUUGACGAUGAUCUAUCUCUGGCACAGGCUAUUAGCCUGUGCCAGGACAUGAAGGAGUAUGAAGCUGCUGGCUCUAGUAAGGCUGAACUCACCCCUAGUAUUCAGCUCAAUGAAUUUGGAAAGAGACGAACAAUAAAACCAGACUCUUACUUUAGUGACGAAGAUGCUAGUGAUUAGUAGAAUCUAUGUUUUGUACGUAUAAUUAUGCUAUCAUGCGUACAGUGCAUGCAUCCCAGUCAUGGAGAAGAAACAAUGGUUGUAUAAUUAUUCAUUUUAUUCAA